AUGGCGGCUGCGCCGGUCGCAACUCAAACGAACAAACGAAAAAGGAAGGCAUGGUUUGGAGAUGAUACCUUGUGGUACGGUGAGUCCGACCAGGCUGAUGGGGUCAAGGUGGGAGGAAUCGCCCGCUCCAAGUCUGCGGCCAUGGCCAUGGCGGCGGCGGCGCGGUGUGGUAGGGCGGAAAGGAUAAAGAGUAACAACUGGCCGACACACACGCGAACCCGGACGGAGUCGCGCUGUUUUGGAAAGACAGGCGCCGGAUGGGGAUGGGGUCGGUCUGCCCGCUCCGAUUUUGAAUGA